GGCGGCCAGCGCAGCAGACUCGAUAGCGAGCGGCGGGAUCACGGGGGCGUCGACGCCAGCCAAGACGUUGAAAUACUGCGAUGUUGGUCCGCGCAUAGUCCUGUAUAGAAGCGCGCGGCGCACGUGAGCUGACUUGACGUUUUUCUUUCUCUCUCACACAGAUUGGAAUUAAUCUCGGCGACCCGAUUUUCCGUGGCGUGUAUCAUGGGAAGCAGGCGCAUGAGGAUGACUUUGAGGGCGUGUUGGAGCGCGCGAAGGAGGCGGGGUGCGCGAAGAUGAUGGUUACGGGGUCGGAUUUGAAGGAGUCGGAGCAUGCGGUUCGCAUUGCGAAGGAGCAUCCCGGCCUCUGCUACGCCACCGUAGGCGUGCACCCCUGCUCCGCGAACCAGUUCGACGCGCACCCAGGCGGCCCAGACGCACUUCUCGCAGCGCUGCGCGAGCUGGCGCAAACGACCAAGGUCGCGGGCCAGACGGUUGCGUUCGGCGAGAUCGGCCUCGACUACGACCGCUUUUACCUCGCGGAGAAGGAGCCGCAGCUCAAGUACUUUGAGGCGCAGCUGGACUUGGCCGUCGAGCUGCAGCUGCCGCUGUUCCUGCACUCGCGCGCUGCGGCCGAGGACUUUGAACGGUUGUUGGGUGCGCGGCUCCCGAAGCUGCCCAAGGGCGGCUUGGUGCAUAGUUUUACGGGGACGGUGGAGGAGAUGCAGAGGCUGGUCGCGUUGGGGCUGCAUGUUGGCGUUAAUGGGUGUAGUUUGAAGACGGAGGAGAACGUCGAGGUUGUGCGGCAGAUCCCGUUGGAUAGGCUGCAGAUUGAGACGGAUGGGCCGUGGUGCGAGAUGCGCCCGUCGCACGCGUCGGCGAAGUUCUUGAAGGACGCCCCGCCUACGCCCAAGGCUGUUAAGAAGGAGAGGUGGGCUAAGGGCUUGAUGGUCAAGGGCCGCAAUGAGCCGGCCACGAUCCCCCUUGUAGCCCAUGUCAUUGCGCGUAUUAAGGAUAUUCCCGUCGAGGAUGUCGUGGAGGCGGCGUGGAAGAACUCGAUUGGCAUGUUUGGGCUUGGGGAGCAGCAGGCUUGAGCGGAGGGCGUGGGAGAAGGACUGGGUGUGAGCAGAUAUAGAACAUAGAAC